AUGGCUUUCGUCAACCUGGUGCCGAAGCUGUACCGGUCUGUAAUUGAAGACGUAAUAGAAGGUGUGCGGGACCUGUUUGCUGAGGAAGGCAUCGAAGAGCAGGUGUUAAAAGACUUGAAGAAGCUCUGGGAAACCAAAGUUUUACAAUCUAAAGCGACAGAGGACUUCUUCAGAAAUAGUGUCCACUCGUCUCUGUUUACGCUUCAGCUGCCACAGGCUGUACCAACACUGCAGUCAACAGCAUCGUUGCUUAUCCCUGCUGGUAGACCUCUCCCGAGUUUCACACCAGAAGACCUGAACACCCCCAGCUGUGGAGCAAACUUGGCCUUUCCUGGCUAUCCUAUCCAUGUUCCAGCAGGCGUGACCCUGCAGACUGCGUCUGGUCACCUUUACAAAGUUAAUGUGCCUGUUAUGGUGACACAGACUUCUGGAAGAACAGAUAUUCUCCAGCACCCAUUCCAGCAAGUCCUGCAGCAGCUUGGGCAGCCUUCAAUAAUACAGAGCGGCGUUCCACCAUUGCACCCGUGCCCUUUUCCAGCGGCUCCUGAGAAGUCCCACAGACUGGACCCUGUGCUGCUACAGCCUACCAUUCUGCAUUCCGCUCCGGUAGAUAGGAAACACUUGGAAAAUGCUACCACAGAUAGGCGUGGGCUCCCUGGAAAUGAGCACAAGACUGUGCCGGAAGCUUUGCUGAGGCCACAGGAAAGCUCUCAGUACCUCGGCCUUCCCGGUGUGGGGUUUGCGCCUCACAUCACUCUAGCGGAGUCUAGCCUGGAGCCGGUGCUCGGCGUCUCAGCAAACAUGACUCAGAAUCUGCAUGGUGGUCCUUUCCCCCGGGGUCCCCGGGGCCCUCUCCAUCACCACAUGCUUGACGGGCAGCUCCCUGGCCUUAAGGACAGGAUGCAUGGAUGUGACUCUGGAAAGCAACUGAGGAGCACUGAGGAGCCCAGCAGCCCUCCUACAUCAGAGAAGAAUGCUACUUCUGAGAGGGACCUGAAUAUUCAGGUAAUCGAUGAUGACAUUAAUGAAAUAAUUCAAAUAGAUGGAACUGGCGAUAACUCGUCUACUGAAGAUGUGGGAAGUAUAAGAGACGUAGAUGAGAAUGAAUUCCCAGGGAUGGCGGGUGCGGGUGACCUCACAGUGCUCGAGGAAGAAGCUGACAGUGUAUCAACUGAAGAUUCGCCUGCAAACAGCAGUGACAACGAGGACCAGCAAAUAGACACCAUGGAAGAGGAUCCUCUAAAUUCCGGAGAUGACGUCAGUGAGCAGGACGUGCCAGACCUGUUUGACACAGAGAAUGUAAUUGUCUGUCAGUAUGAUAAGAUUCACCGAAGCAAGAACAGAUGGAAAUUCUACUUGAAAGAUGGUGUCAUGUGCUUUGGAGGGAGAGACUAUGUAUUUGCAAAAGCCAUUGGUGAGGCCGAGUGGUAA